AAACACAGUUAAUGUUGUAAAGGUUAACAGUUUAUUACCAUUAUUAUAUUGAAAAAAAUGGAUCAUUCAUAAAUCCGAGAUACACUAAAAUGUAAAUAUAUAUCAUAAAUCAAAAAUAAAAAAUAAAUUUAUUCAGAAAGACUCUAUCUUGCAGCUGUAACAGAUCUAGUAGUAUCAUCUUCUUCUCAUUCAAUUCAGAGUGUAAAAACCUCAACUUUGCCCAAAAGCUCAGAUUCAUUCAUUCAGCAUGAGCAAAGCUUCAGUGAUACUCUACAUCACCGUAGGGAUCCUCGUCCUCUUCCUCGUCUCCUACUCCCCUAAGAAGAACUCCGACCACGAUCACCACCACCACGGCGGCGGUCACGGCCAACACCACCGCCUCAAACUCCGCUCUUCUUUCAACUUCAAACCCACUCGCCACGAUCCGAUCCCCUUCGACCCCCUCGUCGCCGACAUGGAGCGCCGCCGCGAGGAUAAGGAGUGGGAGCGGCAGCACAUUGACCAUUCUCACCCCGAGCUAGCGACUCAUGAUCCUGCGCCUGGUCACGAGUCGCAGCCCGAGUGGGAGGACUUUAUGGAUGCUGAGGAUUACUUGAAUGAUGAGGAGAAGUUCAAUGUCACCGAUAGGUUGAUAUCUUUGUUUCCGAAGCUUGAUGUUUCUCCUACGGAUGGGUUUGUGACUGAGAGUGAAUUGACUGAGUGGAAUAUGCAGUCUUCUGCUAAGGAGGUUAUGCACAGGACUCAGAGAGAUAUGGACGUUCAUGAUAGAAACAAGGAUGGUUUUAUCUCUUUCUCUGAGUAUGAGCCUCCUUCUUGGGUCCGCAACUCUGGUAAUGAUUCAUUUGGCUAUAACAUGGGUUGGUGGAAGGAGGAGCAUUUUAAUGCAUCAGAUGCAAAUGGUGAUGGUUUACUGAACUUAACAGAGUUCAACGACUUUCUUCAUCCUGCUGAUACCAAGAACCAUGAGUUGCUGCUAUGGUUGUGCAAGGAGGAAGUAAGAGAAAGAGAUUCAGAUAAAGAUGGUAAGAUCGGUUUUGAAGAGUUUUACCACGGGCUCUUUGACACUGUAAGGAACUACGAAGAAGAUAAUCACAACGCUACGCAUCCUUAUCAUGACUUACCUGAAGACCCUGCAAAGCAGUUGUUUUCUCAACUUGACAAAGACGGUGACGGGUACUUAUCAGACGUUGAAUUGCUUCCCAUCAUCAGUAAAAUCCAUCCUACCGAGCAUUACUACGCAAAACAACAAGCUGAUUAUAUUAUAUCACAGGCGGAUUCAGACAAAGAUGGACGUCUGACUCUGGCAGAGAUGAUUGAGCAUCCAUACGUCUUCUACAGUGCCAUUUUCAACGAGGAUGACUCUGAUGAUGACUACGGCUUCCACGAUGAGUUUCGUUAGUUUCAUGAUGACAAUAACAUCAGGCGCAAUACGUUAUAACAACCCCUUUCUUCAGAACAGGUGAUCUCAGUUACAUCAGGCUUCAUUGUUUAAUCUUCUCUCUCCCACGGCGGCUGAUUAACUGAUGAUUUAGAAGUUAGAUUAGUAUUUAUGAUUCUAAACAUCUAAAAGAAACAUACUUCUCUUUACAUUUUGUUUCAAUCUUUUAUGCGUUCAUUAUACAUUGCUUUCUCCAUCUUUGUAUGUUAUUAUAUUACUAAAACCUCAAAGCUUAAUCUUUUA